AUGCAAAUCUUUAUCAAGGCUUUAAGCGGCAAGACCACCACGCUGCAUGUUCAGCCUACGCAUACUAUCCAGCAUAUAAAGCAAAUGUUGCUUGCUACGGAAGGUAUUCCUACAGAAUGUGUCAUGCUUAUCUAUGGUGGUAAGCAGCUGGUACACCAUCAUUAUACUCUUGAACAAUAUCACAUAAAAAAUGAAAGCGUAAUGUAUCUUGUCGUUCGACUUCCUGGAGGUAAAAUCAAUGACUGA